CACGGGCGUCUGCGGGAAUAACUGUGUGUGUGAGAAAGUGUGCGUGUGUGAGUUUGUCCGUGGAUCAUCAUGGCCACGCGUGAUUUCUAUUUCAACACUGUGCUUUCACUCGCGCGUUCACUGGCAGCACACCGACCAGCGCCCGUCGAGAAGGUGCAGAAGCUGCUGUGUAUGUGUCCCUGUGACAGUCGUGGUGUGUUUGUUCUGGAUGUGCGGCGCAGAGAUGCGGUCAUCGCUCUGGCUGUGUUUCUGGUCGAGUCUGAUUUACAGCACAAAGAUACCGUGGUAAAUUACCUGCUGAGUCUGCUGAAGGGAUUACCCAGAGUGCAAUGGGUGGAGGAGAAUGCUGGGAGAAAGUGUAAAGAGUCUCUCCCGAUGGCGGAGAACUUCAGCUUCUGUCUGGUGACGCUGCUGUCUGACGUGGCUCAGAAAGACCCAGAGUCUCGCACACAGAUUCUGGAAGCCAUCAUGGAUGUAAUGCAGUCUCUGCUGGAGAUCUGCCAGACGCCUGAGAAUCAUGAUAAAGUUCAUCUGUGCCGGUUCGUGGUUCCGUGUCUGCUGGGUGUGGCCCGGGCGUUCGGCCGCUAUAGUAAUGCAGACGAGCCCCUCCUCUGUCAGCUGUUUCCCCGUGGAGCUCCGCCCCCUGCCACACCUGUCCGUGGAUCAGUGGAAACCGAAGGCAUCCGCAGAAGAUCCUUCAAUGACUUCCGCUCCAUUCUGCCUAGUUCACUGCUGACUGUCUGCCAGAGCGACACGCUGAGACGCAAGAGCACCGCCACUAACCUCGACGCACAGGCAAGUCCGGACCGCGGUGGACCUUCACCCUGUUCUCCAACAGCUCCAGGACCGCAGUAUUUCGAAGGUUCGUAUCUGAGCGAGGGCAGUGCCGUGAAUCCUGAUUAUUACUUCACCACGGUCAGCUCCAGUUUCUCCAUGUCUCCUCUGUUCAGCGGAGCCAGCGGACCAGAAAUAAACGUCCCGCUGGAGCUGCUGAGACGCCUCUUACAGAUGGUGAAGCAGUUUGUGUCAGAUUCAUUCCUCAAGUCUCUGGAUGCUGUAGUGACUGAGGUUACUGAGGCGAAUGCAGGCGUGGAUCUGUUCUACAAAGGCUUCAGCGACCCGCUGUACGUCAGCAUGUUCAAGAUGCUCAGAGACACGCUUUAUUACAUGAAAGACGUGCAUGCGGGUUUCGUGAAGGAGGUGCAUGACUUUGUGCUGGAGCAGUUCAGCAGCAGUCAGUCGGAGCUCCAGCGGGUCCUGCAUGAGGAGCGUCUGCCAGGUGAAGCCAGUCCUCUGAAGCUCCGCUGCCAUGCAAAUGCAGCCUGUGUGGACCUGAUGGUGUGGGCCGUCAAAGAUGAGCAAGGAGCGGAGAAUUUGUGCACUAAACUCUCGGAGAAACUUCAGUCUAAAACAUCCAGUAAAGUGAUCAUCGCCCACAUGCCUCUGCUCAUCUGCUGCUUACAGGGUCUGGGUCGUCUGUGUGAGCGUUUCCCCGUCAUCGCUCACUCGGCUAGUUUGUCUCUGAAGGAUUUUCUGGUGGUUCCGUCAGCGGUGCUCAUUAAACUCUACAAGUACCACAGUCAGUGCAGCUCAGGAGCCGGUGGGAUCAAAAUCAACGUGACCAAUGAACACUCUCAGUCCUCACUCAACCUCCUGUCCAGUAGGAAAGACCAGCCGUCCAUGUAUGAGCAGCUCCGAGACAUUUCCAUCGACAACAUCUGCAGAUGUCUGAAAGCUGGUCUCACUAUGGAUCCUGUUAUCGUGGAGGCGUUCUUAGCCAGCCUGUCAAAUCGGCUCUACAUCUCACAGGAGAACGACAAAGAGGCCCAUCUGAUCCCCGAUCACACCAUCCGCGCUCUGGGACACAUCGCUGUGGCCAUGCGGGACAGUCCUAAAGUGAUGGAGCCCAUCCUGCAGAUCCUGCAGCAGAAGUUCUGCCAGCCGCCCUCCCCGCUAGACGUGCUGAUUAUAGACCAGCUGGGCUGCAUGAUUAUCACAGGCAAUCAAUACAUCUAUCAGGAGGUGUGGAACCUGUUCCAGCAGAUCAGUGUUAAAGCCAGUAAUGUGGUUUAUUCUGCUACUAAAGACUACAAAGACCACGGCUACAGGCAUUGCUCUCUGGCUGUGAUAAACGCGCUGGCCAAUAUCGCAGCUAACCUGCAGGGGGAGCCGCUGGUGGACGAGCUGCUGGUCAACCUGCUGGAGCUGUUCGUUCAGCUGGGUCUGGAGGGGAAAAGAGCCUGUGAACGCGCCAGUGACAAAGGACCAGCCCUCAAGGCGUCUAGCAGUGCUGGUAAUCUGGGUGUCCUCAUCCCUGUUAUUGCUGUGUUGACCCGCCGAUUGCCCCCCAUCAAAGAAGCCAAACCUCGCCUGCAGAAGCUCUUCAGGGAUUUCUGGCUGUAUUCUGUGGUCAUGGGCUUUGCUGUGGAAGGUUCUGGUCUGUGGCCUGAGGAAUGGUACGAGGGUGUGUGUGAAAUCGCCACUAAAUCUCCUCUGCUGACGUUCCCCAGUGGAGAACCGCUGCGCUCAGAGCUCCAGUAUAACUCUGCGCUGAAGAACGACACCGUCACUCCGGCGGAGUUGAGUGACUUGCGCAGCACCAUCAUCAAUCUGCUGGACCCGUCACCUGAAGCUGCCGCUCUCAUCAAUAAACUGGACUUCGCCAUGUGCACAUACCUGCUGUCUGUGUACCGGCUGGAGUACAUGAGGAUGUUGCACUCCAAUGAUGCCGACCGCUUCCAGGUCAUGUUCAGAUACUUUGAGGACAAAGCCAUCCAGAAAGACAAAUCAGGCAUGAUGCAGUGUGUGAUCUGCGUUGGUGAUAAAGUCUUUGAGGUUUUCCUGCAGAUGAUGGCUGAGAAACCCAAGACUAAAGAGCAUGAGGAGGAGCUUGAACGCCACGCUCAGUUCCUAUUGGUCAACUUUAACCACACCCACAAGAGGAUCCGCAGGGUGGCAGAUAAAUACCUGUCAGGACUCGCAGAAACGUUUCCUCAUCUGUUGUGGAGCGGAAGAGUUUUGAAGACGAUGCUGGAUAUCCUGCAGACUCUUUCUCUUUCUCUGAGUGCUGACAUCCACAAAGAUCAGCCGUACUAUGACAUUCCGGAUACCCCAUACAGAAUCACCGUCCCGGACACACACGAGGCGCGGGAGAGCAUCGUGAAGGAUUUUGCCGCUCGCUGUGGAGAGAUCCUGAAGGAGGCCAUGAAGUGGGCAGCGUCUGUCACCAAAUCUCAUCUGCAGGAGUAUCUGAAUAAGCAUCAGAACUGGUUGUCGGGUUUGUCUCAGCACACUGGUCUGGCAAUGGCGACCGAAAGCAUCCUCAAUUUCGCAGGAUACAACCGACAGAGCACAACACUGGGGAUGAUGGUUAGUGAGAGAGUAACUGAGGUGUUUGUGCAGAUGAAGGUAAGCUGCUCUUCACUAAUCAGCAGACACACUGUAGGAGAACUGAUCAUGUAUUACCCCUGAUCAUCCAAAUCAGCACACUGGUCAAAUCCUCUAAAUUCAACACUCUGAAGAUUCCACGUGUUUUCAACAGUUAUAAACUGCACCAAUCCAUCCACAGUUGAAGUCAGAAUUAUAAGCCCCCCUGAAAUAUUAGACAGCUGGUUUAUUUUUUACCCAAUUUCUGUUGAACGGAGAGCAGAUUUCAACACAUUUCUAAUCAUAAUAGUUUUCAUAACUCAACUCUAAUAACUGAUUUAUUUUAUCUUUGUCAUGAUGACAGUAAAUAAUAUUAGACUAGAUAUUUUUCAAGAUACUAAUAUUCAGCUUAAAGUGACAUUUAAAGGCUUAAGUAGGUUAAUUAGGUUAACUAGGCAGGUUAGGGUAAUUAGGCAAGUUAUUGUAUAGUCAUGGCUUGUUCUGUAGACUAUCGACAAACAAAUAGCUAAUAAUUUUGUCCUUAAAAUGGUGUUAAAAAAAUUAAAAACUGCUUUUAUUCUAGCCGAAAUAAAACAAAUAAGACUUUCUCCAGAAGAAAAAAUAUUAUCAGACAUACUGUGAAAAUUUCCUGAAUCUGUUAAACAUCAUUUGGGAAAUAUUUAAAAAA